GUCAUUCGGCAAAAGCUGCCCAGAACAAGCUUUCCUCUGAAAAGCAGUGCCGUUCCUUUUCAGAAAGACUGAAUCUAAAUGUUGUCUCUGGAGACAAGAAGGCUUCAGUAUGUUAAAUGACCUUCAUUAUGUAUUUUCACAUGCUUAUUGAUUCCACAGUAGGAAGAGUGAGAGACUGCAGCAGCCUCUAAGCAGCACUACAUGUUCCAUACAUUAGCAGUACUGCUGAAACAAUGGCACAGUACAGACACAUAUUUUCAUUAAGGUCAUUUUUGAAAAGAUGUUUAUGAACCUCUUCCCCCAGUCCUCUACUAACAACUGAACAAAAUGAAUCAAUCAAAACUGGAAAAGCCUCAACUACAUCAAGAAUUUAUCAAAUCUUUAGCGGAGGGCCCACACCAGCUAAUUCAGAAUUUAUAACUAACAAUAUGAAGAAUGCAAUUGACUGUGCAUCUCCCUAGCUGUCUGAACCACGAACUGCAAGAUAUCCUUGUAACACACAAAAUUUGAAGACAUUAUAAGGAGUUAGGUCUACAUUAUGUCUGGAAUAUAACAUAUCAAAAGUAUCGGAAGAAGAGGCUUUAUAAAUAACCACAAAAACAAAAACAAUGUAACUGUAAAAGCCUGAAAACAAAAUGGUGAGGAUUAUGAAAGAAGGAGUUUAUACUUUAACAUACGAGAACUGUGGAAACUGAAUCUUGAAGAAAUAAUGAGACAUGGAUUUUCAAAAAGAAAGUGACAUAUUUUGCCAGCAAGCAAAAUGAAGCUUUAGCAAGUGUUUCCUGCACUAAAUAUUCAAAUAUUCAUAUUGAUAUGACUAAUGGACUUUUUCAUCUGAGUUUUAUAACCAAUUUGUAUCUUCUUCUAAUGAAAACAAACCAAAUUAAAGAGCAGAUGGUUUUUAUCAAAAAGAACAUGGACUGGAUUUAUAAUAUAAAGCAAGUUAGGUGAUCAAGAAAUUAUUUGAAAAUAAUGAGGACUGCUAUAGAAACAGAUUUACAAUUGUAACAAAAGGAUGUCUAAAUACAUUUUAGAAGCUAGAAACCUUAUGUUUCCUUUUUUAUUUUCACAUAUUCUGGAAAAUAAAGAGACACUAUCAUAUAUUCCCUCAAAGGGAAACAUAAUUUCUAUCAUUUGAGGAAGUUUUUCUCUUGGUCGUGACUUUUCUAAGGCAGAAAAACACAAAUGCUAUGUACUGCUCUUUAGAAAUCCAUCAGCCAACUAAAUCUCAUAAUUCAUGCAGUUGAAGUAUUGGAGAGAAAAAUGAAAGAAUUCCUACAAGAUAUGAAAUAAAACACAGCUACUUCACUGUUGUCAGGGGAAAAAACCAACUGCUCCAAAAGAAUGUGUUUUUCUCCCAUUCUGGCAAUCAACAUGCAGUCUGAAUCUAACAUUACAGUGCGAGAUGACAUUGAUGACAUCAACACCAAUAUGUACCAACCACUAUCAUAUCCACUAAGCUUUCAAGUGUCUCUCACCGGAUUUCUUAUGUUAGAAAUUGUGUUGGGACUUGGCAGCAACCUCACCGUAUUGGUACUUUACUGCAUGAAAUCCAACUUAAUCAACUCUGUCAGUAACAUUAUUACAAUGAAUCUUCAUGUACUUGAUGUAAUAAUUUGUGUGGGAUGUAUUCCUCUAACUAUAGUUAUCCUUCUGCUUUCACUGGAGAGUAACACUGCUCUCAUCUGCUGUUUCCACGAGGCUUGUGUAUCUUUUGCAAGUGUCUCAACAGCAAUCAACGUUUUUGCUAUCACUUUGGACAGAUAUGACAUCUCUGUAAAACCUGCAAACCGAAUUCUGACAAUGGGCAGAGCUGUAAUGUUAAUGAUAUCCAUUUGGAUUUUUUCUUUUUUCUCUUUCCUUAUUCCUUUUAUUGAGGUAAAUUUUUUCAGUCUUCACAGUGGAAAUACAUGGGAAAACAAGACACUUUUGUGUGUCAGUACAAAUGAAUACUAUACUGAACUGGGAAUGUAUUAUCACCUGCUAGUACAGAUCCCAAUAUUCUUUUUCACUGUUAUAGUAAUGUUAAUCACAUAUACCAAAAUACUUCAGGCUCUUAAUAUCCGAAUAGGCACAAGAUUUUCAACAGGGCAGAAGAAGAAAACAAGAAAGAAAAAGACAAUUUCUCUAACUACACAACAUGAGACUACAGACAUGUCACAAAGCACUGGUGGGAGAAAUGUAGUCUUUGGUGUAAGAACUUCAGUUUCUGUAAUAAUUGCCCUCCGGCGAGCUGUGAAACGACACCGUGAACGACGAGAAAGACAAAAAAGAGUCUUCAGAAUGUCUUUAUUGAUUAUUUCUACAUUUCUUCUCUGCUGGACACCAAUUUCUGUUUUAAAUACCACCAUUUUAUGUUUAGGCCCAAGUGACCUUUUAGUAAAAUUAAGAUUGUGUUUUCUAGUCAUGGGUUAUGGAACAACUAUAUUUCACCCUCUAUUAUAUGCGUUCACUAGACAAAAAUUUCAAAAGGUCUUGAAAAGUAAAAUGAAAAAGCGAGUUGUUUCCAUAGUGGAAGCCGAUCCCAUGCCUAAUAAUGCUGUAAUACACAACUCUUGGAUAGAUCCUAAAAGAAACAAAAAAAUCACCUUUGAAGAUAGUGAAAUAAGAGAGAAAUGUUUAGUACCUCAGGUUGUCACAGACUAGGGGAAAGUGUUAAGUUUCACCAAAUCCACAUUCAGGAUAGUUUUAAGUUUAAAUUGUAAAAAGUGAAAUUACUGCCAUAUAUAAGAAAAAAUACUUUAAGUAUUGAUUAUGUUGUAAAUUUUCAAUGUGAAUGUCAAUUAGAUUAGGUCAUAUAUAUUCAAUUUCUCAUUACUUAAUGUAUUUGUUGCAUGGCAGUUUGUUAAAGUAAUAUCAUAUGUACAUUUUGUCAAUAUUAUGUCCAUCAGAAGAUAUUAAUGUAAGUCAUAUUUUCUAAACAAUAAAUACAUAGCCUUAAAACAGUGUAUAACAUUAAAAUGUAACCAACAUAGGUAACCUUUUUUUUUUUUAAUAAGGUAUAUUGUUUCUGAGCCACAAACUACAGAUUUAUUUAUAUGAUGACAACCGGAAUUGCAUUUUAACAUAAAAACCAAAAUUACGGGCUCAAAACAAUCCAGGAUUUUCUGUAUCACUAUGUUAUAUUUCCUGGUAGAGCAUAUUUGCUAUAAUAUUUGAUGCAUCAAAAAUAAUGAACUAUGUAUUAAACUUUAUUCUUUUUUUUGAAUGUAAAAAAAGCAUAGGAUGCAUUAGGAUUUUAAAAUUCAUGAACCAAAAAACAACCCUGUAUAUGCACACUAAAAUAGGGAAACUUUAAAAUUCAAGCUUACUAUUAAAAAAAAGAUUGAUUUUCUAAGUUCAAGGGUACCAUGCCUAUAAUAUACAAAUGAACUGACAAUAAAAGGAAGGAAGAAAAUAUAGCACCAGCCUCUUUCUUCCUUCCUCACUUUGCUUGAGUCUAAGCCAAAUGCUCUGGAUUAAUACAGUAUACUGGUAAAAAACACUGCAUUAAAAUAAACUGAUUUCCUAACUUUAUUCAACUCAGCCUUUCAGAAUGAUUGAUAGACAUUAACUAUUCAAAUAUGAAUACAGGUGUGGGGGGAGACUUUAUAUCAUUGUAGAAAAGCCUAACAAAGCCAACUGUUUCUAAUUUUAGAUACAUAGAAAAUUUAUAGUACAAUUUUCACAAUGUUCCUAUGCAAUUAUAGCUACCAAGUAUUUCAAAAUACAGAUGUUCUAUUCCACUCUGAAAAUCAUUAAAAUAACAAUAAAUUUGUCACAUUUUCUACUCUACCACCACUUAAUUUAAUUUUAAACAUUUUUGUCUCCAAUCCUCAAUUCAUGUUGGAAAACUAUGAAAUUAUUAUUCUUAAGUAUAGAUUAUGAAGAUUGGGAAUCUCAUAUCGAACAAAUAUUUUCCAAUUGUUAUGAUGUAAUAAUCUAUUAAUGACAUCUAAUAUUACUCAAUAAGAAAAUUAGCAACAAGUUACCUAAAAUAGGCAAAUACUUGCUACAUUGUAAUUGGUUAGCUGAAUGAUCUUUAUUCUGUUUUUUAACACAGUAUUCACUAAAUCAAGUAGCAACUCAUUUUUAAAUUAGAAAAAUGCAUGUCAAACAAUUCAACAAUAUAUUACUUUUAUUCAAAUAAAUGAGACUCACCCAAUCUAUUUUACUGAAUACCAUAAUCCUUGGGGAUAUGAGCAUCAUGCAAUAGCUUGCAUUCUCUGAAGUUACACGGCAAAUUAAAUAGUGACUUACUUUUGAUAAUAAAGGUAACAUAAUGUCAAAUCUUGGCAAAGGUCCAGUUUCCUUCUGCCUUAUUUUCUACUGUUUUAUGGAAUGAAAGAAAUGCUUCAUUUUGUCAAAAUGUAGCAUACGCAAGUAAAACUUAUCUAUUUAAAAACCCUGAUGAGAAAUUAACACUACAUGGACAAAGGUAUUAAGAAAAUAUUCAUUCAAUAAAUACAUUUGGCACAGAAUAUCUCCUAACAUGUUCAUUUAAAUUUUUAAAAAAAUAAAUUUUAAACUUGGAUUCCCAAGCAUAAAUUAAAAUUUUAAUAUCUAGUUUUAUAACCUUAAUAAAAAUUAGACUAUUUUUAGAGUUUUCAUAUUUAAAAACAAAACAAAACAAAAAAAAAACCUUGUGCUCUAAAUAUUUUUACUUUUCGGGUUUAUAAGCAUGUCAAAGAAUUCAGCAUAAAAUCAGAGAUUUCUAGCACAUUUGACUAAACUGCUUUCAUGCCACCUUGUUCUCUGUAAUAAGAAAUCAAACAAAAUAAGAAAUAAAAGGGCAAAUAUGACAUUGCCCUUUAAACUGCUAUUAUUUCUACACCUGACACUGGAGCAAUAAGCAAGCAUUUUUGCUCAUCUGUAAUGAUUUGCACCAAUUGAUUUACAAAGAAAAUUCAUACCCACCAGACAACUUCUAAUAGCUUUUAAUGUGUUAAAUAGCAUAUAAUAUGUAAACUAAUGUUUAUGUGUUAAAAAUUGAACUUUCAAAAUCAAGUCACAAAUAGGUUUGCAACUACUGACUUCAGUUUAAAUAAGACAGUGAGAAGCUUACAUUUUUUAUUAAAUGUUUUUUCUAUGAAAAGAUAAAAUAUUUUUAUUUUCCUCAUGAUGGCCUUUGCCUCAAUGUGUAAAAUUUUCACUAUUUCAAAUAAUUUUACCACGCAAAAAGAGCCUUAAUGCUAAUUUUUCCUGUUAGAAUGAAAAUUAAAAUUGCAAAAGCAAUAGAAGCAACAGUAAACUCAAUAUAGGAUCCUUCUUAAACUGCAUUUUAAAAAAAUCUAUAUGCUAUAAAUCACAUAAGUAUCAAUUUCUAAAUAGUUAAUUGGGUCAGUUCUUCAAACGGAUAGAAAUAAGAACUAUUAUUUUUAAAACUUACCAAAGAUGAGCUCAACAAUGUAAGAAAAAAUUUGCUUUUUCGUUUGCUAAUUUAAGGGGGUCAUUAUUCUACCAGCUACUAUCCAACAAAUGUUCAAACCUAUUAUAAAGAUUGACUUAUUUACAAUUAUAUGGGUAUUCUUUAAUGCCAUUCAUAAUAAUUCUGUAUUUCUCAUCCAUGGUAAAACCAUUUUUAGGUAUGUGGUCUAUUUUUUCAUCCUCUAAAUAAAAUGCAGUUGUCCCCUGUAA